GUUUUGGGGUGUUGGCGUGAAAACUUGUUUUUGUGAUUUUGGUAUGAAAACACGUUUUUCGGUUUUUGCGAAAAAAUAAAUUUUUGCAAUUUUGGCGGGAAAAUGCGUUUUUGGGAUUUUGGCGUGAGAAAAUAGUUUUUAGGUUUUUGCGGGAAACGUGUUUUUGUAGUUUUAUCAGUUUUCGUAUGUGACAGAAGUGAUAUUAUGUUCAAGUUUAUAAUUUGUGAAUUACAUUAGGGGCAUAAUAGACAUUAUACCAUUUUGAAUGAACCAUCUCCAUUUAAGUGAUCCAAAUUGGUUCAGCUGAAUAUACUUUCAAAUUAAGCCUAAAUUUCUAAAAGUCAUCCGGAUGAUCUAUCUGAAUGAGUUGCACUUUUAGUAUCUAAACAAACAAAACUCUCAUCUUCAUUCAAAUGACUCAUCCAGAUGGAGAAACAAACGGGCCGUAAGAUUCUUUCACAGAAGUCUCGGUUAAUUGUUAAUCACAACUCAAUUUCGCCAAAAUGGUGUUGCAAAAGUUGGUCAUCCAGAUCAAGCUACCUCCUUAUUUUCAUCUUAUUCUACGGUCAUCACUUCCUUAUUUAUUUUAGUUGCUCUCAAAACACUCCAACACAAACCACUAAACUCAGCAACUGAUAACGAACUCUUUAAGAGAUUCUCAGAAAACCACAAAGAAAAUAUGAAAAAUGGAAUGUGUUUACUGCUGCUUACAGUUUCAGUGGCAGUGAUCUGGUCCACAAUGACGGUUUCUGCUCAAUCUGACUGCACAAAUGUUCUUAUAAGCAUGGCGCCGUACUGUCUAGGCUACAUCACUGGGAACUCUUCUACUCCUUCUCAGCAAUGUUGCAAUCAGUUGGCUAAUGUUGUUAGGCCAUCUCCUGAGUGUUUGUAGGUUGUCAAAGGUGGAAGUUCACAGGUUGGGAUAAAUGUUAACCAAACACAAGCUCUUGCGUUGCCUAAAGCUUGUAAUGUUCAAACUCCUCUUGCUAGUCGCUGAAAUGCUAAGAAUAGACUCUGUUUUGGGGUGUGUUCAAAAAAAAAAAAAAAAAAGACUCUGUUUUGGGGGAAUCACUUUCUACUAGAUUCAUAUUGUCGCUGUCUUUUUGUCUCUAACGCAUUAUGAGUUCAUUAUUUUCAUGUGGUCCUUCAGAUAAUUCGCCUGCAGGAUCAUAAAACACUUCAGGUAAAGGGCCAAGUUGCAUAUAAAAUAAAUAAAUAAAUAAAUAACCAGUUUUGAUAAUCUUUAUGGAACCUAAUCAUAUAUAUUUUUGACACUAUCGAUGAAUACAACAUGGAAAUGGAUCAAAAGAAGGUCCAAGAGCAGGGUCGUCGUCUGAUAGGAGUUCUAUCAAGUUCUCAUUCCUUCUUCUCGCCAUUCUUUCCGCAGCUUCCUACAUUAUCUACUCAAAAAAUACUAACCUUUUCUUCAGAAACCACAAAGCUUUUGUCCUCUUAGGCAUAUUCUUUACUAGUCUCUGUUGAAUAUGAAAUAAUAACCCGUGUGCAAGCACCACCAGUUUUAUGGUUUAAAGGCAUUUGGUUUAAGGAGGCAACCCCUAAAUUUUCUUUCCUGACUUGGUUAGCUGCUCAUGAUAGAUUAGCCACAGGAGACAGACUUUUCAGGUGGAAUCCUCAAGCAGUUUCAACAUGCUGGCUCUGCAACUCUGCUACAGAGUCGAGGGACCACUUAUUCUUUGAAUACUCAUUCUCUGGGGAAGUUUGGCGUGGUACAGUUCGUGGUCUGAUCAGUACUACUCUGCCGGUACGAUGGUCUGUUCUGCUUCAGAGAUUGGUUACUGGUCUGCAAGAUAGAACUGCAACUUUUCUCUUUCGAUAUUGCUUUCAAGCCACAGCCUACGCCCUAUGGCAUGAAAGAAACACGCGACGAGUGGGAGAGGCUCCUCAUUCCCCUGCUAGACUCAUCAUUUUUUUGGACAAGCUCAUUAGAAAUAGAAUCUCCUCUUUGAGAAGGAGAAGGGGCAAUAUACAUGAGAAGGCUAUGGAGAUGUGGUUUGGAAGUAGAUGAUCUUUAUACCUUCAAAAAAUUUCCAUAUAGGCUUUUCUUUUUCAACUUAUAAAUAGCAUUAGGUUGUAUAAAGGUUUUUUGAAGUGAAUAAAAUUUAAAAUUCUUUCAAAAAAAAAAAAAAGAAUAUGAAAUAAUAUAUUGUGGUGUUGUGUAAUGUAUUUUGUGCUUUAUCAAUCCCUACUUUCUGAGUGAUAUUGACAAAGAGUGUGUUGUAUCUGCUGGCUUUAGGCAAUAAACAUUACUUUCUAGCAGGGCCGGGCCUGAAUACAAGCUAAUAAAGCAUGUGCUUCAGGCCCGGACAAGUAUUAUAAUUUAUAGGGCCAAUUAUUACGACCGCAGUUCUAUUGGUUUGAAUCUUAUGAUGUGAUCUCAAGGUAGUGCGUUCGAGCCAUGAUGAAGCAAUUUUCAAACUUUUUUCUAUUUUCCGAAAAUAAAGGGCCAAAAAUAUAUUUUUUUGCUUCAGGGCCAAUUUUUUUCAGGCACGGCCCUGCUUUCUAGGACAUAAAUUGACAUAAAUAACACUAGACAAACAUAAAUCAAUCUAUAAAUUUUGGGUUUAGAUCCGGAAGCAGACCGGUGAAACGCCUGAUGUUUGGGACCUAGGGGAUUGCGGGGUUUGGAGUAGAACCUCCUCGUCAUUUACAAACGGCUUUAUCUCUUGAAUGUAAUACAUAGCAAGCAACACAUGUAUUUUAGGUUAUCAAAUCUCAUAGUAACACAAACUUAACUUUUGAACUUUUGGGCCGGUUCUAGAGAUUUGUAAGGCUCAUCCUAUACUAGACGAACAGAACGAAUAAGGCGUAUGUAAGGCCACCCUUCUACUUUCCCCCUGACACUAGAAAUUGUAGCCAUGAUAUUCGAUAAGAACGACUUGCCGGCAAAUAUAGAAUAAGCCUAUAGACGGCAGUUUCAUCUGCUUUGUUCCUGACCAUCUAAGCCAAUUUUAUCCUUUGGAAUUCCGGAAGAGAAGGCAAGAUUUCACGCUUUGUUUCAAACAUAUACACACACCAGGACAAUACUAUCAAGUUUUGCAAAAAUGAAUUCUGAUACAAAACUUACCCUGAAGAUUACAAAAUCUCCCAUCAAAUAUUAAAUAACAUAAAAAUAUUCACUGCUGAUGAUUUGAUGAACUUCAAUGCUAUCAAAACUAUACUAAAAGCAGAAUAUCAGGCUCUAUGGAGGUGUCCACGUCGGAUGGUAAAUUCCACCAGUCAUAUUGCACCAAACGGCCACGUCAUGCACGAGUUUAUUAUGGUUUGGGUACGUAUUCUCGGCCCGUUUUUUGUUGUGCUUUUUUGUUUAUUAUAAUGGUUUGGGCUUUUCUGAAUUAGGCCCGGGUGAGUUCCGCGUUGUAUGUGUAUCCCUAACAGCGUCGUCACAUACCUUUCGACUUCUAUCUCUGCCGUUUCUCACCUCUCCAAAUCCGUUUCCACGAGUAAAUUCGCCACCAUAUUUUCUAAUCAAACCUCAUCAAGCAUUCCUUUAACUCAUUUAAUGGAUUCUUUUCGUCUUCUUCUCUAUUUGCCUAUUUAUAAAUCUCUUCUCUGAUCUCAUGCCUCCAUUAGCGUUAUCAAAAUUCUCUCAAAUACUCAUCCCGAUGAAGCCUACCCGUAACUCUUCGUCCUCCACCGAACGUCCGUCCAGCAAGAAGACCGCCGUCUCUGCUGCGUCCGCUGAGCCAAACGGAAAGUCUGCGAUCCGUAACUCUCCGUCCUUCACCGAGCCCGCGUCUAGCCAGAAGAUCGUCGUCUCCUCUGUGUCUGCUAAGCGAAACGGGAAGUCUAUUGCUUCCUCUGCGACUGUGAUGAAACCUAGCGCGCAUGCGUCUGUUGCAACCGCCAACCCGAUGAACCCUGUAGCUUCCAGCGGUCUCUCAUCCGCUCAUGGUGAACAAGUGAUGUUGUUCAGGGAUGUUUCACUGGGGCCACACGAAGCCGAGAUGAGGUUCCGAUUGAUUCACCUCUGGGAGGCUCGAAAUCCAAAUACCAAAGUUCUCAUUGGUCAAGAGAUUCUCCUUAUCGACGAAGAGGGAACUGUUAUUCAGGGUUUUGUUCCGGCUGGUCGUGUAGGAACAUUUGAACUCUCAGCUGGUUCCGUCUAUAAGUUGACCAACUUUUUCGGAUCCAGAAGCAAAUAUCAGUAUCGGGUUGCUGAUCAUAGCGCCACCGUCUCAUUCUCUUGGAAUUCUUCUUUGUCGGUUCUUGAGAAUCCUCCGUUUUUCUUUCUAGUAGAUCGGUUCAGGUUCCACAGCUACGAUGAGUUUAGGGCCAACUGUGACUCCAAGGGUGAUCUCUAUGACUUUGUUGGCCAUAUGAAGCUGGUGAGUGGGCAAACUAUCACUGACCACAUUGUUCUUGACGAAGCUGAUAUAUCAGAGAAGCGGCAUCUGUGUGUUCAUGUUCAGUCACUUGACGGACCAGUGUUGAAGCUCUAUCUAUGGGACCAAGCUGCAUCCGAGUUCUGCCAGAAAUUCAAAUCUUAUGGAGGGACUCCAAGCGUUCUUCUGGUCACCACAGUGAACCCUAAGCAUCUUGGAGGAACCCUUGCUAUCACUUCUAUGUCUUCAUCUCGAGUGUUCAUGGAUUCCGACGUGCAGCCUACCAAGGACUAUCUCGAAUGGUUGAGUUCUAAUGCAGAAAUUGCCAAUAGGGUUGCUGCUGAGGUUGUCACUAAGCCUGAGGCAGUGACUCUUGAGGAGCUAUUCGCCUACAUCAAGCAAGAAACUUCAAAGGUCGCUUGGUUUGAAUGCACUGCGACUAUAGAUGAUGUUGUCCGUGGUUCUCCUUGGUAUUACAUUUCUUGCGGUGGAUGUAAUAGCAAGGCUUUCAAAGGUCCUACCUCUCUGAUUUGCAACAAUAAGAAAUGUGUAAAGAAUGAGGUCACAGGCGUUCCUCAGUACCUCACAAAGAUAUCAGUUUAUGAUAAGAGUGAGCAAGCAGCUUUUGUUAUUCUUGGCGAUGCUGGGAAGGAGUUGAGUGGAAAACAUGCUGCAGAAUUGGUUGCUACUUAUUAUGAGUCUAAUGAAGGAGUUGGAGCUGAUCAUUGUGUGCCGAUCCCGCAAGCUUUACUUGACACGAUAGGGCAGACUCGCAAAUUCAUCGUCAAAGUCUCGGAUCACAAUUUGUCAGGCAAGACUCAGACCAUAACUGUUACCAAGAUUCUCCCACUAGCAACUACUGUUCCAGCAACAUCCGAGGAACCUGGUGCUUCCAGUGGUCUAGGAAACUCUACGGGUGAUAGGGCUAGAAAAGCAGCUGAGAUGCUCGAGUCAAGUGAGGCCAAGCGGUGCAAGAGUGGCUGAUAUAGCUUCAAGCUCUCCUCCUAUGCAGUAAUUGUUUUUGCUGCAGUUUGAGUUCUGUUUUAUGCUUUCUGAAUGACUUUGCUUUUUUCAUUUCAAGUUUCAGACUUUUUUCUUUUAUGUUUAAGUUGCUUGAAUACAAUUUUCAAUUUAUGGUUUUUACGAUCCCUUAAGUCAAUUUACUUAUCCUAUUAUGAACUUUCAAUAGUAACAGGAUUAGGAGCAUAAGCUUCUAAAGAAAUUGAAGUACUUCUUACAUAUUUGAAAAAAAAUUAAACAUUUUUUAUUAAAAAUUGUUAAAAAUUUUACAAUAUAUAUUUUAUUUUAAAAAAUAAUUAACUCAAACUUUUUCAGUCCUAUAUGGUAAAAUUUAAUGAUAUAAUCGAAAAAUUGAAUAAAUACUUUUAAAGGAAUAUUGAUCCUAUGAAAAUGUGUAAAUAUAUUUUUCAUAACUUUUAACAAAUUACUAGGGUCGGAUCCGCCCUACGGGCGGGUAAGCAAAUGAACAAAUUAAUACAAAUAUAUUUUAAAUUUUAAUAGAAUUUUUAGUUUAUUUUAAUUAUAGUUUUCACUAUUUUUACUGCAAAUUUUACUACUUUUUUAGAAAUUAUAUAUUUGUCACUAUAUCAAAACAAUUUAUAAAAAUAUAAAUAUUUUACUUUGUUCACAAUAUUUUCUUUUCUUGAAUUUAAUAGAUUUGUAAUAUAUUUCUUCUUAAUUUAUAAUUUAAGCUUUUCGAAAAAGAAAAGCCAAUUUAUUAUUUUUUCAAGAAAAUGCAAGUAGCAUAAAAAUAUGAUAUUAAUUGUUACUGUUUAAUAUUUAUAAAUAACAUGUUAGGUUAUAUAUUUAUGUAUUAUUAUAUUUGAGAAAAAUAUAUUGAAGUUUGGUUUUUUAUGUUUCUUCAAACUCACAUCAACAAAAAUUUGAAAAUAAUGAAUUCCGUAAUUGUUUCCUUUUUUGACCACCAAAAUUUAGGCUAAACCUUAAAAAAUAAUAGAAAAUAAUAGAAAACCAUAACUAUUUGAUGUAUUAUUUGCUAUAAAGAUUGUUUAUGAAGCAUAUGAUGUUUUGUUAAUAUAUAUGGUUCAAUGUUGACCAAGUCAUAACAAACUGAAUUUUACUGUAAAUUGUAUAAAUUUACACUAAUUUAUUAAAUUCAGUGUGAUUUUUUUGGGGGGAGGCUUGUAAUUGUGUUUUGUGGAUAGCUGUAAAUUCAAAAUUACUCUUACUAACAGUUGACGUCUUUCUUGUCCCCGGCGCAUUCCGCCGUUUGAGAAGAUAAUCGAUCUUGCUUUACUCGGACGUAACUGAUGUGUUAUUUUCUGCCGAGUUUCAGGUUUCCAUGAUGCAUGUUAGCAGUGUUAUAAUAUGAACAAACAUAGCGUGCAUUAGUUUAUGAAUGCUUUUUGGGUGGAAGCGGAACAAAGUAGAUCCAGAUGCAUCAAACAAAUAAUAUACUAUUCAAAUGUUAGAUCCAUGUGGACGCUUAACUUUGACAUCGAGUUAAUGGAGUGUAAUAUGUAAUGAGAACAACAAAUAUACGACAAAAUUAAGGCCAA